CAAGGCUGUGCGAACGGUGCGAUCGCACAGGGCCCCCGAAAUCUUGGGGCCCCCGAUCAGGGAAAACCAACACAACAUCCUGUAAAAAAAUGUUGAAACCUUCCCUCAAAAAAUCAGGCUGAUCUGAUCUGAUGCGGAAAUCAGGCUGAUCUGAUCUGUUGCGGUCUGAUGCGAGUCGUCGUAGGUCCCACGCCCCGAGAAAUCGCUAACCCGCUGCCUUCGCUCGAAUCUCGAUCGUGCGCCGCCUCCUCUCCUCCCCAGAAAGUGCCUCACGUCUGAACUCCCCUCCUCCCGACGGGAAUAGCGGAUGGUAGUGGACCAACGUUGAAGGUGGAUCGAUCCUGCCUGGCCAUGGCGGCAUGGCGUUGUAAUUUCCCCCAGUCUCCUCUACUCCCUACGUAAGCUCUGAACCUUCUUCUCAUGAUUCCUACCCCUAAAUUAUCUUCUUUUUUACAUCUAUGAUUUGGGUUUCAGGCAAUUGUUACAGCAAUGAUAAUAGCGAGUUAGCGGCAGUAGCCGUGUUUAUCUUCAAUAUCUUUUCUAUUGCGCUUCAUCCGAUCUUUUGGUAUCUAGAUAGUCGACCCUCCUUUUAUUCCCCACUCCUACAUCAAUUUUCCACAGAGAAUAUUUUUCCUCAAAUUUUGUAUCUCUUCUGUUCAGACAGGAUGGCAGGGCGUGGUGAGUGACCUUUGAUUUCUCUCUUUAGGAUGCGGGUUAGGAGGCAAAAUGGACUGCACCACAGCAUCUGGGGGUGUGGUGCAGCUAGGCUCAUGAUGGCAGGGUGAGGUGAGCGAGUUUUGUACCUUUUGAAAUGCUUAGUUUGAUGAUGAAAUACCACAGGGUACCGAAUUUAUAUUUCCUUUUUCAAUUACUUGAUUGUGCUUAACACUCCUACCUCGAGCAAACCUGGAUUUUGCGACCCCAUACCUUUAGACUUUUAGCACUGAUAUUACAUAUAUGAAAAAUAGGAGUGUGCUUUAGUUAUGUUAGUACGUUAGCGUAUGAACAUUUCAAAAUUUAGGGCCUCAUUUCGCAUUUCGCACCGGGGCCCCUAUUUCCUGGAGACGGCCCUGAAACAAGGUAUAGUGGAGUUCAAAAAUGAAGUAGUUCUGAUUGCCAAGCUGCAGCGCAAGAACCUAGUCAGACUUCUUGGAUUUUGCAUUCAGGAGGAUGAGAAGUUGCUGAUCUAUGAAUAUUUACCUAACAAAAGUUUGGACGCCUUUCUUUUUGAUGCUGCACGAAAACAUGUGCUUGAUUGGCUGACGCGGUUCAAAAUAAUUAAAGGGAUAGCAAGAGGGCUUAUUUAUCUUCACCAAGAUUCAAGAUUAACAAUAAUUCAUAGAGACCUCAAAGCAAGCAACAUUCUAUUGGACACCGAAAUGACUCCAAAAAUUUCGGAUUUUGUGGCUACAUGUCACCUGAGUAUGCGAUCGGAGGGCCUUUUCAGUGAAAUCCGACACUUAUGGCUUCGGCGUUCUUCUGUUGGAGAUUUUUAGUGGGUUGAAGAUCAGCUCACCUCAGCACAAGACAAACUUUUGUAGUCUGAUAACUUAUGUAAUUUUUAUGGAAUACGCAAAAUUACAAGUUAACAACCUUGCAGGAUAACACAAAAAAAUAUUUGUAACAUGAUUUCCUCAUAUUGGCCAGGCAUGGAGAGUAUGGGAAGAUGGAAAUGCAACCGAGCUAGUGGACUCUUCAAUUUUGCCAAGCUGCCCACUUCAGGAAGUUUUACGGUGUAUUCAUGUGGGACUCUUGUGUGUUCAAGACCAUCCCGAUGAUAGGCCACUAAUGUCAUCUGUUAUGUUUAUGAUAGAGAAUGAAAGCGCACUGCUUCCAACUCCAAAACAACCUGUAUAUUUCUCUCCAAGUAAGUGUGACGAUGGAGAAGCAAGGGACAGCAUGAACUAUUCUGUAAAUGUAAUGAGUUCCACUACAGUA